CACCGGCAGCGGGCCGUCCUUUCCAACAAUGGCACGGGAAUUCUUCCUCUUAUGGUUGUCAGCGCUGAUAUCGGUGGCUGAACAAAAACCCUCCUACUUAAUCAGUGCUCCCAACAUCAUUCACAUCGGGGUAAAGGAAAGCGUCGCUAUUCAGCUGGAGGGAGCAGAAAAUCCCGUCAAAAUCAAGGUUUAUUUAUUCGAUGCGGCAAACUAUAGAACGUAUUCCAAGGAUGUUGAUUUUGAACUAACGGCAGAAAACGGUUACCGUCAAAUCAAACAAAUUGUGGCUUCUGCUGAUCUCAUCAAGGAGACUAACAUUAUGGGACGUACUGACAAAUAUAUUUCUCUUGCUGCUGAAUGCCCACAACUGUUUUCAGAAAGGAGAAUGGUUCCAAUCCUACUUUCAUCAAAAAAGGGUUAUAUAUUCAUUCAGACUGACAAGCCAAUAUACACGCCCAGUGAAAAUGUGCGUUACAGGAUCUUUACUCUGGAUCAAUAUAUGAGACCAGUGAGCGAGACGAUUAAAAUAACUGUAUAUAAUUCCAGAAAUGUGCAGUUUCCCAGCAUGAUCAGACGGUCUGGAGAAGUGUUCAGUCGCCAGAUAAAAAUCCCGGAUAUCGCCGAACCUGGCAUUUGGAGGAUUGAGGCGCAAUUUGAGGAUUCACCAAUGUCCAUGGAAUCCGCACAAUUUGAGGUCAAGGAAUUCGUUCUUCCCAGUUUCAAGGUUGAAGUUAGGUGCCAGGAAAAAUAUUACCUAAUAACAAAGGACGAAUUCACGUGCAAAAUUUCGGCAGAAUACACAUACGGGAAACCUGUGGAAGGAAUGGCUUAUGUGAGAUUCGGGAUUAUUGACGAAACAGACAAGAAUGAAUACCUUCGGGGACUGGAACAAACAAAGAAGGUCAAGUACGGAGAGGUGGAGAUUUCCCUAUUAACGGCAAACCUCCAGGAAAGAAUCAAACAUUUGCAUACGAUGAAUGAUCUUGUGGGUCACUAUCUGUAUAUGGCGGUCACUGUUUUUGAAACAUCCAGUGGAGAAAUGGAAGAAGUCGAAAUCAAAAACAUCAAGUUCGUUUCCUCACCGUAUGUAAUCGAUUUAUCAAAGACCAGCGGUUACUUCAUUCCCAAAGUACCAUUCACUGUGCUGGCACAGGUAACAUACCCUGAUGGGUCUCCUGCCGCAGGCGUUCCUGUGAAAUUGGAAGGAGAACGUCCGCAACAUACGCAGGAAAAUGGCCAAGUCGUGUUAACAAUGCAAUCUCCUGCGAAUACUGACCAUUUUGAAAUUAAGGUGACAGCUGGGAAAGGAACAGAAAGUAUUGAAGCAAACAAAUCUGUGCGGAUCUACCAUUCCAAUAGCAAGAGCUACCUCCAUGUCAAUGUGCCACAAGGCGUAUUAGAUCCAAGUGGGUCAUUCUCUGCAGAUCUAAAAGUGGUCACUUCUCAAGGCAGUGAAAAUGUCAAGUAUUACUACUACAUGAUCAUAAGCAAAGGCAAUAUUCUCAAAAUGGAUAGGAUUCAGAAAACGGAAUACACAAAACUUACCCUCCCACUGAGUAUUGACAUGGUUCCUGCGUUCCGGCUGGUCAUCUACUACUACAUCAAUAUCGGGGGCAAAACAGAGAUGGUGGCAAAUUCCGCCUGGAUCGAUGUUAAGGAUGUCUGUGAAGGCAAGAUUACAAUAAAGGAUAUGACCAAGGAAUAUUAUAGCCCAGGAGGAAGAACGAACCUGGUUAUUGAGACUGAUGACAGCGGAAACGUGUACGUUGCUAUCGUUGACACUGCGAUCUACAUCCUUAACAACAAGAACAAACUUACAGAAAAGAAAAUCUUUGAAGAGAUGAACUCGUAUGACCUUGGCUGCUCGUUUGGAGGUGGUGCUGAUAGCAAAAAUGUUUUCAGGGACGCUGGGCUGACUUUUAUUUCCAGUGUGGACACUGCAGAAUAUCGAGAUGGAUAUUCCUGCAAAACGGGCAGCAGUAGGAUGAAAAGAUAUUUGGACAUUCAAACACAGUCCAUGGGAAAAUUGAACCAUUAUACAGACAGCAGUCUAAGGAAAUGCUGCAAGGACGGAAUUAUUCAAAUUCCAAUGAAGCGUACCUGUGAGGAACGAGCAAAGCGUAUCAGGGAGGAAGAAUGCAGAAAGGUGUUUCUCACUUGCUGCGACUUUGGUGUGGAACUGAGGAAGAACCAUUCACAGAAGGCCAACGAAGUGGGAAGGACCGUGGGAGAUUAUGAAGAUGACUUCUUUGACGAAUCCAAUGUCCGUCUUCGCAGCAACUUCCCACAGACCUGGCAAUGGAGAACUUAUUCGAAUUUAAAGAUAGGAGACAAUAAGUUUACACUUAACCUUCCAGAUUCCAUAACAACAUGGGAAAUUCAGGCAGUUGGCAUGUUUAAGAACAAAGGUUUUUGUAUUGCGGAGCCAAAGAAAAUGAAGGUCUUCCGGCCAUUUUUUAUAUAUUUGAGGCUACCAUAUUCGGUCAAAAGAAAUGAACAAUUGGAAGUUAGAGCAAUAUUGUACAAUUACCUUCCUGAGGAAGUUGAGAUCAAGAUAUACAUGAAGCGUGUGGAUUCCCUUUGCAGUCCUGCCACAGGCAAGAAAAAUGCAAGAACUGUAAUCGUUGGAGCAAACUCCGCCUACCCUAUCUACUUCUCUGUCGUCCCACUAGCCAUCGGCACCAUUCCAAUUUCUGUGGUGGCAUACAGCAGCUCUGAGUUGAUAAGUGACGCCAUUACAAAGAACCUCAAAGUGGUGGGAGAAGGGGUGAUGAAAACAGAAGAAAGAAGCAUUCUCGUGAAUCCACAUGGGAAGAGUGCCUAUGAGAUUUUUGAAAAUAUACCUUCUAACAUGGUUCCAGACACCAACUCCUACCUUUACAUUCGUGCAAGAGGUGAAAUGAUGGGGGAAACAGUCGAGAACUGUUUAACACCAGAGGGAAUCGACCUGCUCAUUAGACAGCCCAAGGGGUGCGCCGAGCAAACAUCAAUGUACAUGUCACCGACUGUAUUUGCUGUUAGAUAUCUAGAUAAGAGCGAGCAGUGGCUCAACCUGAAAGCUGAAAGGAAAGAUGAAGCCAUUCGUCAUAUUGAAUCAGGGUACAAUAGAAUACUGGAGUUCAAAAAGAAAGAUGGUUCCUAUGGAGCAUGGCUAAACCGCCCCAGCAGUACAUGGCUAACAGCUUUUGUAGUUAAGAUACUCUCGAUUGUUCGGACUCAGAUUCAGGUUAAUGAAGAGCACAUUCAACAAUCUGCCUUGUAUUUAGUUAAAGAUCAGAAGUCAACCGGAUACUUUAUCGAUCCCCAUCCGGUGAUACACAGAGAAAUGCAGGGUGGAAUUGGCGGAGUAGAAAACAAAAUUUCCUUGACAGCUUUUGUUACCAUAGCAUUGCAACACUCCUUGCCUUCCUUUACAUUGGAGCUUGAAAAAGAGCAGGAAGUGAAAGACAGCAUUAAAAGGGCUUUUAAGUACCUUUCAAAUGAACUUGCCAAUAUUAAGCGACCCUAUGUACUGGCCAUCACUGCAUAUGCUCUUGCCUUGGUGGACCCUAAGAGUUCGGAGGCAUUUGCGGCAAAUGCCAAACUGAAAGCAAUUGAAAUUUAUGAUAAAGAAAAUGGAACACGUCACUGGAGAGCUGACGAAGAAUUGUUAUACAUCAGUGAAAGCCAACUAGGCAAGGUCCCCCGAGCCUCAGCUAUAACAGUCGAGGCCACUUCAUACGCGUUGCUUCAGGCCUUACUUAUGGAAGACCUCCACUACGCGGGCACCAUUGCAAAAUGGCUAACAGAACAAAGGAACUAUGGUGGCGGAUUCCGCUCCACGCAGGACACAGUGUUAGCCCUGGAAGCUCUGGCAGAAUACAGUGUUGCAACCUAUCAACCAGAAGAAAUAGAUAUUACAUUCACAUUCAGCAGCCCUAGUCGAAGUGGUACAGAGAAAGUUACAAUACAGGGGAAAAAUGCUCUGGUUCAGGAGCAUCUAAAGUUCCCCCUGGGAGAAAACAUUAAUGUGAAGCUGUCAGGCAGAGGGAAUGGAACACUCACUAUUCUGAAAACGUACCAACUUCUGGAGGAACCCAAGGACACCUGUGAUUAUUUCAGACUUGAGGUUACAGUUAAGGGCAAAGUGGAAUAUGAAGGAGAUUCAGAUUACCCUGACUAUGGAGAAUAUGGCGAGCCAAUGGCAGCAGACCAGCCCAUGGAUGGGAUUAACUGGUUUGAUCUACGUUCACGGAGAAAGAGGGAUGUUCCAAUUGAUGAUGCAGCCUCAAUUCUUUAUUACGAAGUCUGCGUUUGGCAUGAGCCGGAUGGUGAGAACAGACAGAGAGCCCCUGGAAUGGCUAUUGUGGACAUCUCAAUGCUCAGUGGUUUUGAGCCAAAAAAUGCAGAUUUGGAUAAGUUGAAAGACCUCACCGACAGGUACAUCGAUUCGUAUGAGUUCAAAGAUGGGAGGAUGCUCCUCUAUCUGGACACGGUUACAGAUCAGAAAGAAUGUUUUGUAUUUGGUGCUAAGCAAAUAAUUCCCAUUGGAUUAAUCCAACCAGCAAGUGCAACACUUUACGAUUAUUACAACCCAAGUAUUAAAUGCGCCGUAUUUUAUAAUGCUCCAGAGCAAAGCACCAUCGUAUCAAAGCUCUGCCAGAAUGAAGUUUGUGAAUGUGCUGAAGGUAGCUGCCCUCGCCUGAAGAGAACAUUUUCCUCGGAUGUGGUCAAUGACAGACGGAUUGAUUUUGCCUGCUACAGCCCAAUUGUAGAAUACGUGCUGUUACCGCUGGAAGAACGAAUUGCCAAUCUCCGGUGCCAUCUUGGCUCCACCAGCGCUGCCGCCCACUUGUUCACGCUGGGCCGACCCCGCCAAUGCAGCCACUGUCACCACCGCCCCGACCCCACUACGCUAUCAGGUGCCCGGGGCCUCACCACGGAUCUGGAGCCUCGGCCCGGCCUGCAGGUCUGGGCCGAGCUUGCUCGCUCACCGGGAGACCUCGGGCUGGGGUGGAGCCGUGUUUGCCUCAUCCUGACGUUGCUGCCUCCGCCGUCUGAUGCCUCCUCCUUCGUCAAUGCGGAGCUCAGCCAUACAAUCAACAAGAGGCGAAGAGUGGAAGGUUUCGGCGAGAAAUUGGCCGGAUCCCUGGCAGAAGGGGGCACCGUGAAUCUCACGCUUUAUGCGAAAUGUUGCAAAUUUCCUUGA